GACCCACCCAAAAGGGUCGCUGGGUGAUGACGCAUUUGUAUGGCUCCUUGUACGCUAUGGCAUCUCAUGCUAGCGAGCUUGAAAUCGCGAAGAAGAAUUUAACUGAUGCAAUUGGCGAUAAUGUAAAACAUUACUGGGCAAACCUGAAACUGUGGUUCAAGCAGAAGAUCAGCAAGGAAGAGUUUGAUAUUGAGGCACGACGUCUGUUGGCACAGGAAAAUGUCCAUGUUCACAAUGACUUCCUCUUGGCAAUUCUGACACGCUGCCAGAUCAUUGUCUCCACUCCUGAGGGCGUUGGGCAGUUACAGUGGCAAGGUGGCUCUGCUUCUAAGCCAGGCAAACCUAAAGGAAAGAAGAAAUGUUCCUCUAGACAGAAAUUUGACCAUCGUUUCCAGCCUCACAACCCUCUGAGCGCCGCACAGCCAUUCAGCCCACGGGAUGCGGUUGGUGAGGAUGAGGAACUCCGACUCAGUGCUCACACUUGGCUGUUGCCCACACGGGGUCAACUGGAGGCCCGCAUGAUGGUGACAGCCUUUGAGCUGGGUCUGGAUAAUAUCACGGAGGAUGCAGUCAGCGCAAUGACCUGUGCUGUGGAGCACCAUUUGAAAGACGUUUUGACCGCUGUGAUUUCCCGAAGGAAAGCAUAUCGCUUACGGGACGGCCAUUUUCCUUAUGCUUUUGGCAGUGAUGUCACACCGCAGCCUUAUCUGAAGAACAGCCUUGCUGCCUAUCACAGCGUCACGGAAUGCCCCCUUCCAAGUGCUUCUCUCCCCGCUGGCCCGCCGUCUCAAAUCUCGCCAGAUGAGGCAGAGCAGCAAGCCGUUCACUUGUUAGCUUGCUCUGCCGCCAGCCUCCACACGGCCCUCCCACCCGUCACCAUGUUUGACCUCCUGGAGGCCUUACAGGUUCACCACAGGGUGAUGCCCUCGCACACCAUGUAUGCUCUGAACAUGGAGCGCAUCCUGUCACGGCUCUGGCAUCCCAGCCAUGAAGAACUCGAGCAGGACCACGUGCACAGGCAGCGACUUGCCGCCAAAGACGGUGUGCUCAUCAGCUGAGAUAACCACACAAUCCACGGACUCGGUAGUGAAAGAUGAACUUAGCUCUCGGGUGGAAAUGGACGGGAAGUCUUAUGUCCAAGGAAUGCCUCCUAUGUGGGAAACCUGCACUUAUGUUGUACAAAAAUAGGAUCAAUGGACCACGAUGCAAUAAAGCAAUUGGAUGGUGGACACGUGACUGUGUCAGCCUGGUGCUGGCAGAUUUUCACUCUGCUCCACCAGCCUUUUUUGGCAACCAAUUGCCACCUAGAGUUGCAGUUCUAUAGUCAGACUGGAGUUGAAAGUGUUUACUUUUAGAAUUUAGCAGCUUCUUUUGAGGUUGGGCAGUGGUCAUUUUUCAGGGCUGAGGAGCCGAUGACACAUAUGCGCAUUUGAUGCCCACUGUGGUACAAGUAUAAUUUGAGGAGCGCUAUUUUACAAGUCCAAAAUGUAACCUACAAAUGCUCCCACACUAAAUUAUAGCAUUUGUUUUGUGCAUUUGACUUGUGUCUUACUUCAAUGAAAGAUUACCCUUGGAUGACUCUUUACAAAAAAAAGAAAAAAAAAUCUCUCAAAAGGGGCAAGGUUCCAAUACCACUUUGAUUGUCAUUUGCGAUACUAAAAGGUAUUAAUCAGCAGAAUUCAAAUGGAUGUCACACUGUGAAGAAAAUCGAAACAUCAAACAAUAUUUUGUACUUGAACCAAAAAAAUUAUACUUGGAAAAAAGAUGUGGCCAAAGUUUGAGGACUUAUACAUAAAUAAACAGUGUUGUGAAGAAAGACUGAUUAGCCAAAUCCACAUGCCAACAUAAAUUAACUAAAAGCACAGUUCACCUGAUCCUUUUAAGAGCUGCCACUCAAAUGCAGUCCUUAUAGCGUGUUUGCAUGUCUGCAUGUGCUUCUGAAAAGGGCCCAGACUCUGCUGCUUUCCCUAUCUCGCCUCUUCUCAAUGUAUUUUGCAAGUUUUCUGAAAAUAUAUACAGUUUGAUUUCGGUGACCAAGUAGGUGGCCUGAUGUGUGUGCAUGGCGCUUCAGCAGUAUGUUAUGCAGUGCCAAUGAUGUUAUUUUUUUAAUAUUUCUUUGGUCCAAAACUUAUUUUUUAUCAUUAGUUGUAUGUGCAAGGAAUAAAACCGAGGUCAGUUUA